CGACGGUCAGGAUGUAGAUUUUACAUGAAAUAUUAUUUACCAAUGGGACUUUAUUUUACCAGUGCAUGACGUUCCACUUGCCUAUAUUACCCGGUAACGGUGCACGGUUCCUGGACGAGCAAUGCGUCAUUGAUGGUGAUCGGGAUACGGUCGCAUUCCGUUUCGCAUCGUCUGUUUGCUAGCUAACUGUCUGACGUCGAUAGUGUACAGGGGGGGACGGAGACAGAUAGAUAGCCAGUCCCGGCGUUAAAGUGCUAUUGUUUAUAUACAGACAGACAGACAGACAGACAGGCAGCCUUUGGUCAGAUGUCAUGUUGAGUCUUCCUGCAUCGUGUGAUAUCAUCAAAGACUACUCUCAGUUGGUAGAGGUAACAGGUAGCAGACAGACAGACAGACAGACCGACAGGCAAAGAGACAGACAGACAGGACAACUGUCAGUGUCGUGGACCGUUACUCCCAGCCCGUAGAGGGAUACAGAUAGUCAGACUGACUAUCAGACAGACUGCUAGCCUAGUGGAUGGACUUUCUCUGAUGUCAUAGCUGACCCCGGCCCGGUCCAGAGAAGAUGAUUGGUGCCCCAGACGUGGUGGCGUUUACUAAAGAGGAUGAUUUUGGGGAGGUCGGGUACCCCGACCCCUGGGUGGUGCCAGAAGAGUUCUCUGUCCCUCUGUUCCCAUCGAACAACAACGCCAACCCCUGGGCCAAGACAUCAUAUGCCAAGUUCACUAAGGAUUUCAUCCUCAUAUCAGAGUUCUCUGAGCAGGUGGGCCCCCAGCCUCUACUCACCAUUCCCGAUGACCCUAAGGUGUUUGGGACCUUUGACCUCAACUACUUCAGUCUGAGGAUUAUGUCUGUUGACUACCAGGCCUCGUUCGUAGGACACCCCCCCGGCAGCGGAUACCCACGACUCAGUUUCGUGGAGGACUCUCGUGUGGUUCUGGGUGACUCUAAGGAGGGGGCGUUCGCCUACGUCCACCACCUGACGCUGUACGACCUGGAGGCUCGCGGCUUCGUCCGCCCGUUCUGCAUGGCCUACGUCUCUGCCGACGAGAGGAAGAUCAUGGGCCAGUUCCAGGAGAUGUCGCUCCGCUUCUCCCGCGCCUCCGAGAGCCUGAAGACCGGAAACCGCCGGGCCUUCGCCCGCGAGCUGCAGAGGAAGCUACGAGACCUGGAGUACACGCGGUCCAUUCUGCAGAAAGAGGAGGGGUUACAGCGGGAGGCGGGGCCUCAGGGGUGUUACUCCGCCCACGCGGUGGAGAAGGCCAAUGAGCUUGCGGCGGUGGAGAAGAGUAUCUACGAGCACCGAGACCUGCUGAGGCAGAUCACCUCGUACCCGCUCCGCCCACGCCGAGACCCCCACGCCGCACACUGUCAACACUGCAUCACAGAGUCACAGAGACACACCGACACACACCCCGGGCCUGACCGUGAGAGGGGGGAGGAGGAGGAGGAGGAGGAGGGGGGGACGAGGAGACAGUCCUACACCCCUCAGCUGAUAAAGGGGAAGUCGGCCAAAUGUUUCGACAAGCGUCUGAAGACCCUGACGGAGCUGUGUGAGGAGAGCUCCUACGAGGUCACCGUGGAACUACUCGCCGACACGGAGAGGUGUUUCCGGGGGGACCUGUGUUACCUGUACACCCGCCGCCUGGACCGAUCGCUCCGCAGGAAGCAGGACAUCACCAACUUCCUGUUUGAGGAGGAGCUAGGGGAGGAGGAGGAGGAGGUAGCGGCGCUGGGAAGGAUCUUCUGUUCUCUCAACCACACAAUGGGGACGGACCCGCACACACACUCACACACACACACACACACCCCUUCCGUCGUGCUGCGCCCGGAGCCCCUGGAGCCUGUGGAGGUCCUGGAGGUGUACCCCACCUUCCCUGCUAAGUCUGCCCAGCAGAGUGAAACCCUGGCUGGGGAGGAGAGGCUGGAGUCGUCACUCUCUGAUCUGACCAUGGAGACACAGGAAAGCUCUGAGGAGAAUAAAGACAGCUUUAGUAGUGACAGGAGUGGAGGAGAGGAGGAGGAGGGACGGGAGGGAGGACAGGAGGAGGAGGAGGAGGAGGGAGACCAGACCCCUGUUUUUCUGCUGGAGGCUGAGGAGGGGGGUAAGGGUGAGACGGAAGGCGUGUUUAACGGAGAGAGAGAGGGUGAGACGGAAGGCGUGUUUAACGGAGAGAGAGAGGGAGAGACAGAAGGAGUGUUUAACGGAGAGGGAGAGGGAGAGACAGAGGAGGGUGAUAGACAGAGACUUCCUGACCCUGAGUUGCUGGUCCAGAUGGACACGGCCUGCUGCAUGUCUCAGGAGGGCUUCCUGUACGACUCCUCUCCCCAAGACACGCUGCCUGCUUCUGGGCUGCAGCAGCCCGGCUCUCUACCCUUUCCCCUGGUGGUCAACCAGGAGCCCCAGGCCCUGCUGCCGGUGCAGGGGGCCUACGGCCUGGGUUCCCCCCACUGCCAGAGCCCUGGGGCUGGGCUGGACCUGCCCGUCUCCUCCCUGGGAGAUACCACCUCCAGGGGUUCGGACCAGGACGGGUCGGACUGUACCAUGUCAGCCUCUACGGGGUCCGAACGGGCCGGCUCACGUCUGGGGUACGGGGGAGUGGCGACGCAGAGGAAGAAGGCCGGGCAGGGAGCGCUCAA